AUGGAGAAAAGGUGCAAAGUCAAACUAAACUGGAAUAUUGGGGAUGAAGAAACUCCAUUAAAAAAGCGUAGAAUUGAGAAAGACGCCAUAGUAACCAUUCACGAUAACUCGUCAAGCUCGUUGGAAAGUGAGUCAGAGGACAGCAAUGUUGAGAUUUUCGUUGACGUUUAAAGUAUACAAUGACUUUGUAAAUAUCGUAAAUAUUAAUAUAUGUGCUGACUGGUACAAACAUAUUAUAUAGAGAAUAUACAUGGGUGCUUGGAAAUACCAGAUUUAUUUCGAGUGUUGAACAUGAUAUCUCACGAGUGAGCGCAGCGAACGAGUGAGAUAUCAUGUUCAACACGAGCCUGUAUCUUCAAAUCUGCACUUUUAUCACGGUAUCACAUCUGUAUCCAGCAACAAAUGUUGGAUUGAUAUUCGUUCAUUCUUCAAGAUGAUGGGAUUCCAGAUAAAGAAGUCAACGCUUAAUGUUCAAUUAAUACAUUCGUUACUUUUUCGUUAGUUUAUGCCAUCCCUCGAUAUAUCGGUAUUAAUUACGAAAAUAACAAUAGUUUAUAAUACGGCAAUAGUAACUUCUAAAAUUAGCACUAAUUAUUCUAAUUCUUUACUCCUGUCAAUCAAAAAUUCAAAAUCAACAUUCUGACCAAUCAGAAUGCUCCAUCACCCAACUGCCGGAGAACUCAGAAUGUGUAGUUUUUGGGCAGGUGGUAUUUCUAGCUUCCCGUUCUCUCAUGCCUGCAAAUACCGCCUGCUACGCAGGGUAUCAUUACCCAUGCAUACGUUUUUGUCUUCUAAAUUUCCCCAGGAAAUUUUCCCCGGGAAAUUUAGUUGAAAACAAAAGAUUUCUUUGUCUUCUAAUUUUCCCCUGCAUGCUUGAUGAGGGAAAUUUAGAAGACAAAAGCGCACCUCAUUACCUCUUAUUGGAGAGCUGUACCUCAUCGAAAAUCAUCGGCACAACUAUGGAGAGCAUCUGACGACACUGUCCUGUACUCAUUUGAACAAUCACUUUGCCAAUUUUUAUUCUGCAAUUUUGAACAUUUCAAUUGUGGGAGAAAAUUCGGUUUAUGUGCAUGCCUAAAAAGAAUGAACACAGAGAUGUGUUUCUGCGCAUGCGUUUAUAUGAAAAGUGUUCAUCUCACAAUCAUAAGACAAUCAAACAGCAUUCAAAAGAGACUAACACACCACAUGUGAUUCCCUUGGCUACCAUGUAAUUACAAACUAAACACAUGCUUUGAGGGAAAUUAGUGAUUAAUCACUAAUUUCCUUCAAAAUAUGCGUUUACUUAUAAUAAUGCCAUACGAUGGGUUUAGAAUAUCUAUUGCCUGUUGAUGCACCUCUGGUUUAUACAUUCCUGAAGGAACUGGCCAAGAUCUAGCUGAACAAGUUGUAGACAUUCUGACCGAGAAACUACAUCUUACUGCAAGACUUUAGUGAUCUUCGAGGUACAGUUUAUCUACUGACAUAUAGAUAUAUGCACAACUGACCACAAAGAAUAAGAUACCGAGCAAUGUACAUAUGUAAAUACAGUCCUGAAUUUAAAAUAUACUUGCUUGCAAAAAGAGGCAUGGAUAAGAGGCAUGGAUGAAUCUUAACCAGUUUUGUAAUCUUGCAGCAAUUUAUUUAUGUUUCGUUUUGCUCAAUUAGAAAGUUAAGAACUUGUGUUUGCAAUUAAAUUAUCAGUCUCAUUCUGGCCUAGAACAAUUAUAUAGCACUCAAUAGUAACAUACUUAAUAACAACAUGCCUAUUGUAAAAUAAUAAGAGCGUAUAUUUCUUGCAUUUUGUUCUAGCUGUACAUGCAGAUGGACAAUACCAAGCUAACACAUUUCAGGAUAAAUUUUUGGAAUUGUUAGGAGCAUAUCAUCAACCUGACCCAUACUUUCUUCUGCUCUGGGAUGUUUCGCACUGGAUGGAUAUUGUCAUGGUUCAUCUCCGUGAAGAUUCAGAUUCUUCCAAGUUUCUUACAUGUCUCAUCAAGUGA